AAAAAAAUCCUAAAAAUGCCGAAUUUGGCGGAUUUUCCCAAAAUUGCCGGAUUUUGCCCCAAAAUUCCCGAAUUUUCCGCAGGGAAAUCCAUCUGGGAGUUGGUUGUGGAGCAGUUCGAGGAUCUCCUGGUGCGGAUCCUGCUCCUGGCCGCCUGCAUCUCCUUCGUGCUGGCCUGGUUCGAGGAGGGCGAGGAAACCAUCACGGCCUUCGUCGAGCCCUUCGUCAUCCUCCUCAUCCUCAUCGCCAACGCCGUCGUGGGCGUCUGGCAGGAGUGGAACGCCGAGAACGCCAUCGAGGCGCUCAAGGAGUGUCCCCUGUGCUGUCCUUCUGUGAUGUCCCCAAUGUCCCUGUGUGUCCCAAACAUGUCCCCAAAUGUCCCCAAGGUGUCCCUGAGGUGUCCCCGAU